UCGCAAAUAACGAGACCAAAUAUCUCGAUUUGGAAAAUGAUCGUCGAUCUUGCAACGUCGAUGUGCCUUGUGACGGACAGAGCUCCGAAGUUCACACCGUUAUAAAUGAAAUCGCAAAGGUUUAUGAUGAAUCCAUUAGUCAUCCAGAUAUACCUUCUAAUAUUUCCAACUCAACGGACCUGCAGAUAUCGCGUGUCGAGACAAAGUCAGUCCACGUCUUCAGUUCACCGGAGUCGAGAAAACCUCAUACGUACUCUCCUAGCUCUCAUGAUAUCGAACCACAUCAGGCUAAUGACAGUGCAAAUGGCAAGGCUGCGGUUAACAACUCCAUUGAAAAAUCGGAUUCCGGAUCUGAAGGCGGAGACAUCGACGACGAAGAUCAAGAAGUGCGUAUUGGAGAUUUAACGUUAUUUAACGAGUUUAUAGUUGAAGAAUAUUUCGAGAAGUACCAUAACUUAACGCUAAUGAUUGAAGAUGAUGAGCAAAAUAACAUGGAAGAAAAUCGUGGUAAACAACAACCUUUAGCUAUAGCAAAUCGUGGAGAUCUGGGAUUUGAAGAAAUUGACACAUCUUGCGUACCAUCUAAGAAGCCUAGAGCCAAUCAACGAAAAAACUUGCAAGAUGAGCGGAUGCAAGGGCUUGAAUAUAGACAACCAAAUGGUGUUAAAGUACCUGCUCGCAGUAUCAAACAACCAUGUACUUGUACCAAACUCGGGUGUCAUAAGAAAUACGAAGAUAGCACUCGAAAGAAAUUAUUGGAGAAUCUCUUAAAACUUUCAAUCUGCGGACAAAAUCAGUUCUUGAGUAAUCAUAUAGGUAUCCGGGCGACUGCAAGACCAAAGUUUUCCGUCCUCAUUGAAACCAACCAUGAAGUACACAAAAGCGCUCACCCCAGCGGAUGACUACAAAUUUACGCUAUCUGACGAACUACGUCGAAUAGCUGAGCAGGAACUGAACGAAACCGAUGACCGACGAGAGCAUGCUUUACAAAUGCUGCGAGAUUGGGCCGAGAAGAACCCACGGAUCGUUAAAGUGCGGAUGGAUUCCAAAUUUUUGCUGAAAUUUCUCCGGGUGAAGAAGUUCAGCAUCCCACUGGCACAGGAAAACAUCGAACGGUUCUUACUGUUGAGAUUCAUCCGGGACGGAAGCGUAUUCAUGAAUCUGGAUUGUCGUCUUCCGAAGUUGGACAAACUGCUGGAUCUGGGGUACUUGUUCGCUCUACCCAAGCGGGACAAGAAUGGACGUCGAGUGAUGUUUUACCGGCCCGGGGUGUUCGAUCUGAACGAAUUCUCCAAUGAAGACAUGGUACGGGUUCAUGGUAUCUGCUACGAAACCAUUCUGGCCGAUGAGGAAAAUCAGAUACGUGGCAUUGUGCAUGCUGGGGUUGGGACCGGUAUUGGAUUGCAGUACUUGACCCUUUUUACGAUCAAAGAAGCCGUCAGAAUUACGAAGAAUGGCGAAAAACUGCUACCCAUGCGACAUCAGGAGAUGCACGGAUGCAACAUUAAUCCGGCGUUGAAACUGGCGGUAGAAUGGGGACUGACAUUGAUUUCGGAAAAAUUAAGAAAUCGAGUCCGAUUAUACACCGAUAUUAAGGAUAUUGAAAUUGAUAAGACUUUGUUGCCAAAAGAGUACGGUGGUGUUAUGCCGAUGGCAGAAAUGAUCAAACUGUGGAAAGCGGAGGUGGAGGCGCAUAGGUCAACUUUGUUGAACGACGAUAAUAUGGCUGUUCAUUUGCAUAUGUAUCCGGAAGCUGCCAGGGAAGGUUCGGUCAGUUCUUUAAAGCACAACUUGAACGGGUGCUCAGGGCUUAAAGAAAAUAAUAGUACGUAUGGUCUGGCUGGCAGCUUUAGGAAACUUGAAGUAGAUUGAGGUUGAAAUGGUGAAGUGAUAUAUGUUUUAGCCAAGGAAUUUAUGUAAUUUUUAUAUCUACCUAUAGUAAAUAAUAAAUGUGUAAACCGGUGUUGUAAGUGUUCGGCAAUUGAACUUUCCCGUGGAAAAAAAUAAAUAUUGUCUCUGUUUGAUAGCUCAGCGAAUUUAAUAGACUCGAAACGUGAUAAUUGAUGACACAGAUUGCACAACAGAUUCAACUUAAUUUAGUACUAAUUUGAAUUUGAAUACAAAUACAACGAAUUAUUGCUUCAA